AUGUUGAGCUUCCUAGCUUCAUCAUUAUUAGCUAUAAGCAUCAUCUGCUCGGUUGAUCCCGGCGCGGCUGGUCCCCUGGAUGCGCUCAGCUGGGCCCGGAUGGACAACAUCAAUCUGCCAUGGUUGCCAUAUGAAAACAUGACGCGAUGCUACGGGGAUCUGGGGUGCCUGAACAUCACCAAGGAGUGGUACCAUCUGAUCUUUCGGCCGUUCAACGUGUUCCCGCUGCCGCGGAGCGUGAUCAACACGCGGUUCAUACUGUACACGGAGAAGAAUCCGACCGAUGGGCAGCUGCUGCAGGCGGAAGUGAAGGACACGAUGGCGAAGUCGCACUUCAACUCGGAGUGGCCGACCAAGUUCAUCAUCCACGGGUUCAUCGAUACGCCCCUGUCGAACUGGGUGUCGGAGAUGCGCGACGAGCUGAUCACGCGCGGAUCGCUCAACGUGAUCGUGGUCGACUGGGCCGGCGGCUCACUGCCACUGUACACGCAGGCCACGGCCAACACGCGGCUGGUGGGGCUGGAGAUAGCGUUCCUGAUCCGCAAACUGCAGGAGUACCACGGGCUGCGGCCGGAGGAUGUGCACCUGAUCGGUCACUCGCUCGGUGCGCACACGGCAGCGUACGCCGGCGAGAGGAUCGCGGGUUUGGGUCGCAUCACGGGCCUGGAUCCGGCGGAACCGUAUUUCCAGGGUAUGGGGCCGAUCGUGCGGCUCGAUCCAUCCGACGCAACGCUCGUCGACGUGAUCCACACGGACGGGCGCAGUGUGUUCCGGCUCGAGAUCCCCGGCUACGGUAUGUCGCACGCCUGCGGCCACCUGGACUUUUACCCGAACAACGGCAAGGAGCAACCGGGCUGUGCGCUGUCGCAGGAGGGCGCCGCCACCAUUCCGCUCACGCUCAUCAAGGACGGCAUCGAAGAGGCGUCCCGUGUGCUGCUGGCGUGCAACCACAUCCGCGCCAUCAAGCUGUUCAUCGACAGCAUCAACGGGAAGUGCCCGUAUGUCGCUCAUCGGUGCCCAUCGUAUCAGCAUUUCCUCAGCGGGAACUGCUUCAAGUGCACCGCCGGUAACUGCGCCCUCAUGGGAUACCACGCGUCCCUGCCGAUCACGACGGCCAAACAGAACGCGUCCGAAAACGACGUGGUGAUCGGUUCGUCCAUCCCGGUGGCCCCGCAGCCGGGCAAAUACUUUCUGGCCACGGGCCGUGAUUUUCCCUUCUGCCAGCGCCACUAUCGGUUCACGGUGGAACUGGCGAAACCCAAAAUAGCCGAAACCUGGGUUCAGGGCCACCUCACGGCGGGAAUCUUCUCCGAGCGCGGUGCCCUUCGCAACAUUGACCUUACGCCGAAGGGGACGGCACGGUUGGAGCACGGUACCACCUAUCAAGUGGUGGUCACGAACCCGCACGAUCUCGGCGAUCGGAUUCGAAAGGUGGAGCUCUCGUGGACCCACGACAUGAACGUCCUCGAGCCGACGACACUGUGCCUGUUCUGGUGCAACAGCCAUCUGUACGUGAAAUCGAUACAGGUCGAGACGAUGCAGAUGCCAUCGCGAGAGAAGCGAAACAUAGAGUACUCCAACAAGCUGUGCGCUCCGAAGCGCGACUACGCCGACAUUGCCAGCCGGGGUUCGUACUCGUUCUACGACAACUGCAAACGGUAGAGGUGAGCGCGAUCGCGAUCCCAGCAACCGACGGUUGAAAGUCGCAGUCGCAUCGCGCCAACGGUUUGGCAGAUUUCAAACUUAGUGUGAACGUGCGUGUUCCUUACCAGUGCGUGCCUCGAGGAGUCCACAGUCCAUGCACACACGCGCGCGCACGCAGCACCUUUUCACAUGUGAUUUACUCGAUUAUCGUUCGCCGUAACUAGCCCCUAGCAGAGCAGCAGCGUUCAUCUGGUAGCGUUUAUUAUAGUUAGUUGUCGUGUUAAGGACUCGCUUUCGACUGCUGCUUGUUUUUGUUUCGGUCCCCCCCCCCCCCCCGGCCCCCCAGCGGACUUUUCUCAACCACGUGCGAGAAGAAUUCUACUACACAUUCGCGCGCGCGCGAAUCUCAAGGUGAGCCGGAGCCGGAGUGAGCGUGAGUUGUGAUUGUGUGAUUGUGUGCCACUGAACGGUGAGAGUGAGUGUGGCUGUGAGGAUCGCGCGGGAUUUCCUUCCGGUCUCGCCUCGAAUCCCGGCCCCUCCGCUAGCCCCAUCCUUUCGACCCGAGCGUUUCCGAUUUAAAUCAUUUCUAUGAAAUAUUCCACUACUCACGCACUACUACUUCCUGCCUACUUUUAGCGUAGUUUCCCUAUAGUGUGUGGACCUCGUUUAGCGGUUUAGCGUGUAGAGUGUUCCGAAACGGCUCUUGCCCCGCUGGCUGCGGAAACAAUAGAGGCACAGCUGUCCGAGUCAGAGUGAGAGAGAGAUAAAAUGACAAAUGUCCUGAGGAUGUAGGCAAAAAUGGGACAGCGCAAACGCCGCUUGGUUUGGGAUGAACAAUGGAAAGAGAGUCGCCAAGCCAAAGUGAAACAGUUCCCAGAUAGAUUGUGCAGCAAGUUGAUGACGCGUUGAGGAUACGUUUACGUUUUCUUUACCCUUCGGGAGCCAUAUAAAAGUACGCGUAGUUUUAUGUUGUUUUCGAUUUUGUUUUAUUACUAUUCAUUUAGUCGAAGAAAAUGGCCUAACACAUACGCUAAGGAUCUUGUUAGAGAGAGGGGAAAAGACAGGGGGCCUCCGGUCAUUCGUUGCCCGUUCCCGUU